AUGCAAUGUCCUAUUUUGAGAGAAGAAACUGAUUCUGAAGAGUUAUCAAUUGAGGAGGAAAUUGAAAUGUGUAAAUCAUGGAAGAAUGAUGAAGACAAGCUAACUUUUAUAAUAUUAUCAAAAGAAUUAUACGAUAAAAAUAAAGAUGAGGUUGGGGCAAUGAUUGGUGAUAUAAAUGGAUUUGUACACUCAGACAGUAUUGAACUUUCGGUAAUGAUUGCUGAAAAAGAUUAUAGAAAACAGGGAUGUGCAAAGGAAGCUCUGAAACUUAUGAUUAAAUAUUGUCAAAUAGUGUUAAAUUUUAAUAAUUUUUUUGCUAUCAUUAAUGACAAUAACAUUAAAAGUAUAAAACUUUUUAAUCAAUUAAACUUCACAAUUACAGAAAAAAUUGAAGUAUUCAAGCAAAUAAAGUUAUCCAAUAAUCAUAUAAAAAUUGAAGACAAAUUAGAACUCAAUUAUUACGAAACAAAUAACAAAACCUGA